AUGAAGGAUGAGCCCGUAGCCAAGAGCCUGGUGAUGCGGCUGGACCCGGCCUUCGUCCGGAAGGAGCCCUUGGGCCUGGUGCUCAUCAUCGCCCCCUGGAACUACCCUGUGCACUUGACCCUGGUGCCGCUAGUGGGUGCCCUCGCCGCAGGGAACUGCAUGGUGCUGAAGCCAUCAGAAUUAAGUAAGGGCACAGAGAAGGUCCUGGCUAAGGUCCUGCCUCAAUACUUGGACCAGAACUGCUUUGCCCUGGUGCUGGGAGGACCCCAGGAAACCCGGCAGCUGCUGGAGCACAAGUUCGACUACAUCUUCUUCACUGGGAGCCCCCGAGUGGGCAGGAUCGUCAUGGCUGCCGCCGCCAAGCACCUGACACCCGUCACGCUGGAGCUGGGGGGCAAGAACCCCUGCUACGUGGACGACGACUGCGACCCCCAGACCGUGGCCAACCGCGUGGCCUGGUUCCGCUACUUCAACAGCGGCCAGACCUGCGUGGCCCCCGACUACGUCCUGUGCAGCCCGGACACGCAGGAGCGGCUGCUGCCCGCCCUGCAGAGGGCCAUCACCCGCUUCUACGGCGAGGACCCCCAGAGCUCCCCGAGCCUGGGCCGCAUCAUCAGCGAGAAGCACUUCCGGCGGCUCCGGGGCCCGCUGGGCUGUGGCCGCGUGGUCAUCGGCGGCCAGAGCGACGAGAGCGACCGCUACAUCGCCCCCACGGUGCUGGUGGACGUGCAGGAGACCGAGCCGGUGAUGCAGGAGGAGAUCUUCGGCCCCAUCCUGCCCAUCGUGAACGUGAGGAGCCUGGACGAGGCCAUCGACUUCAUCAACCGUCGGGAGAAGCCCCUGGCCCUGCAUGCCUUCUCCAACAGCAAUUAGGUAGUGACCCAGAUGCUGGAUCGGACCAGCAGCGGCAUUUAAGGCAACCAGGGCUUCAUUCACCUGAUUCUGCCGUCCCUGCCGCUGGGGGGGGUUGGUAACAGUGGCAUGGGAAGAUACCGCGGCAAGUUCUCCUUCGACACCUUCUCCCACCACCGUGCCAGUCUGCUCUCCCCCUCGGGCCUGGAGAAGCUCAGUGAAUUCCACUACCCGCCCUACACUGACAGCAGGCAGCCGCUGAUAGGCUGGGCCUUGGGCUCCCACAGCUGCACCCUUCUGUGA